AUGGGUACGGGGUCAAUGAGUGACAGAAUUGGUGGAACUGUCACUAUAGACAUGGGCUACUAUCCAGGAGGUAAUAAUAUUGAAGUAGAUAGUAAAGGAAGAUACUACUAUAAGAGUGAUAAUAAAGAGGUAAUUUUGAAAAAAGAGGAUUAUCCUAUAAAAUAUGGACCGUACAAGAAGUUGACACAUACUCUUCAAGGUGUUGGCAUUAAAAGUAUUGCACAUAAUGGCGUUCCUCAAACUGUAUUCCCUGACAACAUUUCAGGAUGGGAGAGUGUAACCGUGUAUUACUGGAGUGGAGAUACUAAUCAUAAUCAGCCUCUUUUACUGGAACUUAAGCCAACAACGGGUAGUCACUCAUACUACGCACUUAAUACUGAUAGAAACAAAUGGAGUACAUGGAAGAAGGAUACAGAUGCAGCUGGUACUCUCAGGGAGAGGCUCAACAAGCAGAACUGUAAAAAGAAUGGAGCUCAUAUUAUGGACCUUUCAAGGAGGGGUAGUUACCAAUGUCCAGGUUGUGUCUGUGAGUGGAUUGCUGUAUCCUCUCUACCAGUGCCUCUAUAUAACUACAAGCGUUUUAAACAUUAUAUAAGUAGUGCUAAUACAUCUAUAACAAGGUUUAAAGAUAAUGAAAAUGAUCAAGUUGGGUUACCAUCUAUUAAACAUCGACUAUAUCAAUGUCUACAGCUAUCCAUACUCUGA